AUGAAGUUAAGAGGAUCGAGAGUAAAGCAGGCCGACUCUGGUUCACCAGGGACCUUCAGUGCGCCUGUUAGGAAGAAAAGAGGGACAAGAGCACCUCCAUCUUCUAGAUGUUUACGUGGUAAAAAGGAUGAUAAUGUCAUGAGCAGUGACGACGCUAUUACAGAAGAAGGCCAUGCUGCCUCUCCUUCAAGCAGGAAGGCAAAAGAACAAGAUCACGGAGAGAUAGCUGUUGGAAGCUCAGCUGAUCCCACAGGCCAGAGUAUCUCUGUAAACGAAGCACGUGAAAACUCGAGGGCAUUGAAAAAUACUUCUAAUGUGCAAACAACUGCUGUUAAGAAGACUACUGCUGAGGAUAAAACUUCUCGAGCAAUCAUGGAUGAUCAGGUUUUUAAUGCAGAAACGGAUUCCACGUCUUCAGAUGAUGAGAGUACCGAAGAAGUUGAGGAUGUGAAAGUUUGUGACAUAUGUGGAGAUGUUGGUGAUGAGGUGAAGCUUGCUGUUUGCAAUAGAUGCAACGAUGGUGCUGAGCAUACUUAUUGUAUGCGGGUAAUGAUGGAAAAGGUUCCGGAUGGUGAUUGGUUUUGUGAAGAGUGCCAAACUGAAGUAGAAUUUGAAAAGGAGAAGUUAGAAAAACCUCAGGUGAAGCUUGUCACUUCAAAGGAAGAAUCUGUUCAAGGGAAAAUUAGUAAACCUUUCAAUGAUGCAAACAGCAGAAGUCCUUGUGAGAAUGAAGUGGAGGAUGAAACUGUUGGCAGAAAAGAACGGAAUGAAGCAAAUCAAGGCAUUGAUAUGGUUGAAGAUGCAAAGAUUCCGCCUGUGGCUAAACAAAAUAUUCCUGAACCUGGUGGUUUAUCAAUGGAGUCUUACUCCAGAAAAGGAAUACCUCUGCUAUGCGAGAGCUCAUUCAGGUUGGAUAUGGAGAAAGGAAAGCAACCUACUCCCCAAGUGCCAACCUUACUGGGGUCUAAUGCUAGCAAGAAUCAGGCACCACCACUUACUGGUCAACUCUCCAAGUCCACUUCUUUCAACAACUCUAAGGUGCCCAAGGUGAAGCAACUAGUGAAUGAAGUUCCUCAGAAGACCAAAACUUUGAAAGAUCAGUUGUCCUGUAGUAUGAGAAAAGAGGGGCCAACGAGCUUUUCAACCAAGUCAGCAUCAUUCAAAAAGCCCAAAACUUGUGAGCCAGCAAAUAAGGCAAAGUCUUCCAUCAUACCACCUUCUGAGGAGCUAAGUGUGAUGAAUUUACCAGUGAGCCGAAAUGUAAGUAAUGAUAGAGGCACUUCUAUAUUAGGAUGCCCCUCAAUUACUGGACCACUGGCUUUUCCAGUUCAAUCAAAAGCCGAAUCUGCAGCUCAGCGCCUCACUACAGGAAAUAACAUGUAUGGCACUAGCAAUUCAGGCCAUUUUACCCAAUUUUGUGGUGUUGAUAAAUUAGGUUUGUCUGCAAUGAAACCUCUGAGUGAGCGAAACUUGAAGGAUGCCUCUGCCAAAAAGAAUAAAACGUCUGAAGCUACUGAGAAAGCUACUUCCAGAUCAGCAGAUCAAUCUGAUCGCAUCCUCAAAUGUGGUCCUUAUCAUGACACAGUAUACAGGCCUAAAGAUACGUCAUCUGGAAGAUCUGUUCCCAGCAGUUCUACCAUAUCAAGUGAUCUGAUGGACAAAUCGAGUCGAUGCUUUUCACCUGUUGAUAACACAAUAGUUUCAACCGUUCCAGAGUUGGAUUAUAUUUGGCAGGGUGAUUUUGAGCUGUGGAGGACUGGACGAUCACCUGAGCUAUGUGAUGGUUUUCAAGCUCACUUAUCAUGUUCUGCUUCACCAAAAGUGCUGGAAGUAGCAAAGAAAUUCCCUUCCAGAGUCCAGCUUGAAGAACUACCCCGUCGAAACUCAUGGCCCACGCAGUUUCAACAAAAUGGGCCCACAUAUGAGAAUAUUGGUGUUUUCUUCUUUGCUAGAGAUGCUCAGAGCUAUGAACAUCAUUACAGUAAAUUGGUUCAGAAUAUGCUAAUCAAUGAUUUGGCACUCAGAGGAAAUAUCGAAACAGCCGAAUUAAUUAUAUUCCCUUCUAACAUCCUAUCAAAGAACUCUCAAAGGUGGAACAUGUUUUAUUUUCUAUGGGGUGUAUUUAAAGUGAAAAGAGGAGAUCACUGGAACCUUCCACUUGAUGUACCAAUAAGUAAAUGUGAACCUAAUUUGAACGAGGAUCCCAUGACCGUGGAUCCGCAUACCUCUGUUUUGUCAUCAAGCCGUUCAUCGUCUGAAGACCAAAAUAAUGGCACUGAUCCAGCCUGCUAUUUGGUUAAGCCAGCUACUUCUGCAGACCAUCAAUGUCUGCAAACUUCGGAAGCUAAUCGUCAGGGAUGUUCAAAUGGAGAUAACUCCACUGCUCCGAUCGCACUGUAUCGCCGCUUAGAGAGGCACACCACGAUAGGAAACCUAAUAUCCUUGAGGAUGGAUGCUAUUAUGAUAACCAAGGCUACACCAGCGAAGUCCUCUAGUGACAUAAUUGCAUAUCCAGACUCUCAAAAGAAAAUGUGCGAUGGUGGCAAUGUUGUCGAACCCAUUUUUGAUGUAAAUACGAUGCCAGUUACUUGCUCUAUCUCAUCAAUCGGCAAACAAGAUAAUCAGAACAGAGCCAUCAACCUUAACAAUGCAGAGAGCCUGAUGGAUGUAGAUCAUGCAAAUAGUAUUGAUCUGAACUCAGGUACAGUGGAUCUUGUUUCACAUGCAUCACGUAGUGCACAAAAAAGAAAUGUGGACAUGGCAGACUGGAUUGACGGAGCCAAUGGAUCAGUGGACAAGAAAAUUAAAUUGGAUAAUGUAUCGUCCACUGUGGAGUCUAGUUUAAGUGGGAAGAUCAGAGAUGGAAGGUUGUCAUCCAAGGUACACCCUCUAGCAGCUUUACCUGUUCAUGAUUGCACAGACAAUAAGACCAUGCCAGGAAUCUCGAAGAGUAAUGGAAAGUGCACAUUUCCACUAGAUCUAAAUGUGGUGGAUGAUGCAGAUAUAGACAUGGAGGAUGAUGCAGCGACUGGAAAUAGCAUAACCGUCCUGUCUGAAGAUUUACCUGAACAGAACACACAAGAUCUUAAGCCAGCACUGGGGGACAACAUAUCUUCUAGAAAGCCCAUGGUUGAAGAAAAGUUGAAUAAAGGAGAUACACCGCCUACUGAUAUGUCAGGCGCGCUCUCCCUCUCCCUUGCUUUUCCAGUAUCAAAGGAACAAUAG